GGGGGGGGUCUCGUGUCCCCCGACUCCGCCUGGGUCGUCGUCUCGUCCUCGUCCAGCGGCAGCCUCGCAGCUCCCCGGCCAGCCCCACCAUGAGCUUCUCGUCGUCGUCCAGCCAGCGCGUGUCCUCCUACCGUCGCACCUUCGGGGGCGGCCCCGGCUUUUCGGGAAGCUUCUCGGGGGGCUCCCCGCUGGGCUCCCCGUCCUUCCCCCGCGCCUCCUUCGGCUCCAAGGGCUCGGCCAGCUCGAUGACCUCCCGGGUCUACCAGGUGUCCCGCAGCUCCGGCGGGGCCGGCGGAGUGGGCGGGCUGCGGGCCGGGGGGCCGCCGCGGGGGAUCCCCCGCUCCUCCGCCGCCGGGGCCUACGGGGCCGGGGAGCUGCUGGACUUCUCGCUGGCCGACGCGGUGAACCAGGAGUUCCUGGCCACCCGCACCAACGAGAAGGCGGAGCUGCAGGAGCUCAACGACCGCUUCGCCAACUACAUCGAGAAGGUGCGGUUCCUGGAGCAGCAGAACGCCGCCUUGGCCGCCGAGGUCAGCCGGCUCAAGGGCCGGGAGCCCACCCGCGUGGCCGAGAUCUACGAGGAGGAGCUGCGAGAGCUGCGCCGCCAGGUCGAGGUGCUCACCAACCAGCGGGCCAGGGUCGACCUGGAGAGGGACAACCUGCUCGAUGACCUGCAGAGGCUCAAGACCAGGCUCCAGGAAGAGAUCCAGUUGAAGGAAGAAGCGGAGAACAACCUAGCGGCCUUCCGGGCGGACGUGGACGCAGCUACCCUGGCCCGCAUUGACCUGGAGCGGCGGAUCGAGUCCCUGAACGAGGAGAUCGCCUUCCUGAAGAAAGUGCACGAGGAGGAGAUCCGGGAGUUGCAGGCUCAGCUCCAAGAGCAGCAGGUGCAGGUGGAGAUGGAUGUGUCCAAGCCAGACCUGACCGCCGCCCUCAGAGACAUCCGGGCUCAGUACGAGACCAUCGCUGCCAAGAACAUCUCCGAGGCCGAGGAGUGGUAUAAAUCCAAGGUGUCGGACCUGACCCAGGCCGCCAACAAGAACAACGAUGCCCUGCGCCAGGCCAAGCAGGAGAUGAUGGAGUAUCGUCACCAGAUCCAGUCCUACACCUGUGAGAUCGACGCCCUCAAGGGCACGAACGACUCCUUGAUGCGUCAGAUGCGGGAGCUGGAGGAGCGCUUCGCCGGGGAGGCCAACGGCUACCAGGACAGCAUCGCUCGGCUGGAGGAGGAGAUCCGCCACCUCAAGGACGAGAUGGCCCGCCAUCUGCGCGAGUACCAGGACCUCCUCAACGUCAAGAUGGCCCUGGACGUGGAGAUCGCCACUUACCGCAAGCUCCUGGAGGGCGAGGAGAGCAGGAUCAACCUUCCCAUCCAGAGCUUCUCGGCCCUCAACUUCCGAGAGACGAGCCCAGAGCAGCGAGGCUCGGAGGUCCACACCAAGAAGACAGUGAUGAUCAAAACCAUCGAGACCCGGGAUGGAGAAGUUGUGAGCGAGGCCACACAGCAACAACACGAGGUGCUCUAGAAAGCGACAUCGUCCCCGGAGAGGUCCUUCCCGCCGCCCCCCCCCCCCCCAACACCCUCCUGAGACCGCCCCUCCGCCACGGCCCCGAGCC